AUGAGCAGCACUCUCGACGGUCGGAAGAAGGGGAAGGUGGAUUCACAGCUGCACCCAAUCGAGGUGUCUGGGUUGGGGGACACAUUGAAUACCACAACAAGCAAGGAGGAGAAAGGGAAGUUGUCAGCUGAGUCUUGCAAGACACCAAAGACCAAGAGCGGAAGCAAAGCAGAGUCACCUGACUCCACAUCAAGUCAGGAAACUCAGUCAACCACGGCAACAACUGCCGCCGGUGUUUCCAAUACAGGCUUGGCCGUGGCGGUGGAUAUAGCCGCCGAACGCGCAUACAAUCAAGACGGGUUCCCCGAAGAGAUCAAGAACAAGGAGUACACUAGUGAAGCAGAGCUCGUGAAAGAUCUCGAGGAAUUUGGUUUGUUGGAUGAUUACAAGCGUAUUGCUCUCACCCUAGUGUCCUCUGGGAAGGCUUACCGUUUAGACUUGCCUACCGAUUUUCAUGAAACGUCGAUUGAAUGGCUGCAAGCCAAGGUCUUGCGUGAGUGCGGUUCGGGAGUGCUUUGUAGCACGAAGUCCCAAAUCCUCUUCUCGGAUGGUAGUAGUAGAUUCCCUGAUUUGGCUAUCUUCGGGGAAGCAAGGGUGAGGGUUGUUGAGGAUUUAGCAAUCAAGAAACCCAAGCAAGAGUGGUGUGAAGAGCUUGAGUGUAAGACAUAUCUAAAUCCCCAUGUAUUGAUCGAGUUCAGCUGGAGACACGAUUUGAAAGAGGAGAUCCCUAAAUUUAUCAAGCAAAUGGAACAGUAUCCGGAGCAACUCGGAAGUAUCAAUGUUGGCUUUCUCAUCAAAACAGUCCCUGCCAGCGGUGAAAAAGUUUCCCACGUUUGCUAA